AUGAAUACUCCAGGAAACUUAACAACAUUAUCAUCUUCACCUUCGUCAACUACUAUUUCAACGAUAAAUAUUGAAAAACAUGAACCGGAUCCCGACACUAUUAAAAUGUUUUGUGGUCAAAUUCCACGUAACAUGCAUGAAUCAGAACUACGUGAAAUGUUUGAACAGUUUGGUCCUGUCUUUCAAUUGAAUGUUUUACGUGACAAACAAACUGGUGAAUCGAAAGGUUGUUGUUUUGUGACAUUUUAUUCUCGGAAAUCAGCAUUAGAUGCCCAAAAUGAGCUACACAAUUUACGUACCUUAAAUGGUAGUCAUCAUCCAAUUCAAAUGAAACCUGCUGAUACAGAAAAUCGAAAUGAACGAAAAUUAUUUGUUGGAAUGGUAUCUAAAAAUUUAGAUGAACAAAAUAUUCGUGGUAUUUUUCAAUCAUAUGGAAUUAUUGAAGAUUGUACAGUAUUACGUGAUGCUAAUGGCAAAAGUCGAGGAUGUGCUUUUGUGACCUUUCAAAAACGUCAAUGUGCUUUGAAUGCAAUCAAGUCAAUGCACCAAUCUCAAACUAUGGAGGGUUGUUCUUCUCCGCUUGUCGUUAAAUUUGCUGAUACACCAAAAGAUAAAGAAACAAAAAAAAUGCAACAACAAUAUACAACUCAUAAUAAUGGUCUUAUGCAACAUAUACCUCCUGGCAACUCAAUGCCUAAUCUUCCGCAUAUGAAUAACUAUAACUUUUUACCUGAGAUAAGCAAUUUAGUAUUUCUUCAACAAUUAUUAAAGAAUUAUGGUUUUCUUAAUACCAAUGGCACUUCUAUAAAUUUUGCCGCAUUAAACAAUCUUCUACAAAUGUUUACGAGUAAUAUGAAUUUAAACGGUAAUAAACCGCCUCUUCUACCACCCCCGCCACCGCCCGCUACAUCAUCAAAUAUGACAUUAAGUUCUCAACACAGUAGUAAUCAAUCUCUAAAUGUUCAAGAACAACAGCAUACGACGAAUUCCCCUCGUCCACAUCCCCCUAAUCAAAACAAUGGCUCCUAUAAUAAUGAUUCAUCGUCACUUAUGUGUGGCACAAGUGCAUAUAACAGUAAUGGACUUAAUCCUAAUAAUGGUAAUGGUCCACCAACAAAUCAUCAUAAUUCAAGUGGUGGUUUAACAUCAUCUGCUACGACUCCCAACAAUGGCCCUUAUCCACCUACAAUGCCUUCACUCUAUGCGAACAAUAGUAGUUCACUGUCGAAUGGGGGUGGUGCAGAUGCUCAUCAUAAUUUACAAAAUCUUGUUGCUUUGUCACAAAUUAAUAAUGGAGGUCUUCUACCAACUAAUAUGCAUCAUAGUCCAACUACGAGUUCGUCGGCUGCACCACCAGCUUCAUUUAAUGUCUUUCCAUCACCAACAUACAUAAAUACUCAAGUAGCUGGCAAGCAUACGGAAGGUCCUGAUGGUGCUAAUUUAUUUAUCUACCAUCUUCCACAAGAAUACAGUGACACAGAUUUAGCGCAAGCUUUUGCUCCAUACGGACCCAUUGUAUCUGCUAAAGUAUUUGUUGAUAAAACAACAAAUCGCAGUAAAUGUUUUGGUUUUGUAAGUUACGAUAAUCCAGCAUCAGCUCAAGCUGCUAUUAAUCAAAUGAACGGUUUUCAGAUUGGUAUGAAACGACUAAAAGUUCAAUUGAAAAAACUUCGAAAUAAUGUUAAUAAUAAUAAUAAUAAUAAUAAUAACAUCAGUAAUCCAAAUCCAAUUCAAGUAGCAGCUAGUAAUAGUCCAAAUAAUCAUAGUGGAAAUUCACCGACAGCAUCUAAAACAAAUUCGUAUUAA